AUGUCUGCUGCUAUGAAUGGAAAUUCAAAGGAUACUAAUCCUAAUAAAUGUGAAAAAAUUAUGAAACAAGUUGAGUACUACUUUGGGGAUAUUAAUCUUCCGCGUGACAAGUUUAUUCAAGAAGAGAUGAAAAAAGAUAAUGGAUGGAUUCCUCUUUCUACUAUGCUUAAGUUUAAUCGUCUUGCUGCUCUAACUAAAGAUAUUGAAAAUAUUACUGCAUCGCUUAAAGAGUCUCAUUUGAUCGAAAUUUCUGAUGACAAUUUAAAAAUCCGUCGGAAUCCCGAGGUGCCGAUGCCUGAGAAUACUUUGGAGUAUUGGCAAGAAAUUAAACGACGAACUGUUUAUUUGAAAGGUUUUCCUCUUGAAACAACACUCGAUGAGAUCUCUGAAUUUAUUGGGAAGUUUGGCGAUGUUGAAAAUAUUUUGAUGAGAAAGACUAAAGUUGGAAAAGAUACUCCGCGAAUGUUCAAGGGCUCAAUUUUUGUUACUUUUAAAGACAAAGAUCAAGCUAAACGACUUGCGGAUAUUAAAGAUCUUAAAUUUAACGAAGAAUUUCAGCUCGUAAACAAAAUGCAAGAUGCCUACUGGGCAGAUAAACACGCUGAACGUGUUAAACAAAAGGAUUUGAAAAAACAGAUGAAGAAAACUCAAAUUGAACAACAAAACAAGGCGCAUUUUAAGAAGGGAGUUGUCUUGAAAAUUUGUGGUAUGAAGAAUGAGGACGUCAAUCAUGUAUCAUUGAUUGCUAAGUUAAAAGCAUUUUUUGAACCUUUUGGCAAACCUGCUUAUGUUAAUAUUGAAGGAAAUGAGGCGACGAUUCGCUUCUUUUCUGUCGAAGAAGAUGCAGCAAGUAGUGCCUGGCAAAAGGCGGUGAACUCGGCGAAAGAGAAUGGCGAUUCGGAGGGAAAAGUGAUCUUUGAAGGUAAUGAAAUUACCGGAUCGGUGCUUGAUGGUGAAGAUGAAGAAAAAUAUUGGGCCGACUUUUCUAAAGCAAAAUUGGCAAAACACGAUUUGGUUGAAAAGCAACAGAAAGGCAAGAAGCAGUUUGACCGUAACUCGAAAGCAAAUAGGAAACGACGAGCAGAUAAGGGAUCUGGACAUGUAGCAAAGAAUGAAAAGACAGGAAAGAGAACUGUUUUUGACAAUGAUGAGGAUGAAGAAAAUGAAAAAGGGGAUGGAAAGGAUACUGAAGAAAUGGAUGAAAAUGUUGAAGAUAACAAGAAAACUGCAGAGGAUGAUGAACCUGUUGAACAGAAGAAAAAGAAGGUUGAAACUUAA